AUGAGCCAUCAUUUAAAUAGACAAAGAAGUGCGACAACCCUCCUCCCAAAUACAAAUUCUAACGAAUUAAAUGCAAAUACUAAUAGAGCAAGAUUCCACAGUGUUUCUUCUGAUAUCGUUCCCCAGAAGCUAUAUAUUCCCGAAGAUGAUUCACCAAUGCUGAAGUCUGUAAGGUCACCGACCAACAAUGUUCCUAAUAUUUCAAAUGUAGGUUUUCAAUCAAUUUUUGAAGGUGGUGGGCAAAGGAGAUCAAAACAAAGCUUACUCUCUUUUGAUGAAAAUGACAAUCAUUUGAAACAUACUGCAUCACUAAGGAGCAAUCCGUCUAGUUUAUCUUUUGACAAUGACGAUAUCAUGAAGUUUGGAGAUGCAACUUCUAUGAAAAGUGUCUUUACAUCAUCCUCUAGUUUGAAAAAUAGGAGAGCAUCAAAUAUAUUCAGUAGAUCCAAGGAUAUGUCUACUUCCAAUGAUGCCACAAAGAAAUUAAACAACAUUUCAAGGAAACAGAGUGAUGCAAGUGUAGCUCAAUCAUACAAGUCAACUAAAUCAGGGACGUUAUCGAAGGUGGCAAGAAAAAUAUUCCAUCGUAAACAAAAUAGGCAUGAUGGCGAGGUAGCAGUAGAACAAGUUGUUCCAAGUUCGUUAAGUAAGUUUUUACAUCCAUCUUACUUAAUUCAUAGAAAUCAAUCACAAUUUAUUCAUAAUUCAAAUACUUUGGCAGACUCUGGAAGAUCAGUAUAUUCUUUCAACCCGACUUUAACUACUAACCAUUUAGAAAAUAUGGCCUUAAUGAAUAAUGAGGUUAACAACAGUUCCACUAACUCUACGAUGAUGUUGCAUGAUUUAUUAAAAAAUUUACCAUCAUUAGAAGCAAAUUAUAAGAAUUUUAAUAUCCAGGAAUUAACAAUUCUAACGGGCAAUGUAUGGGGUGUAUUCUGUAAUGUUAUUAUAGAACUGUUUAAGAGAAAAAGACUAUGGCAAUUACCUGCUAAAAUUGAGGAUUUUAACAAGGUAUUAAGUUUUUACGCAUUUUUGAAAACUGAUUCUAAAGUUGCAUCCCCCCAGGUAACUUUUCUCAAUGAAUUAGAAGAAUUUAUAUCAUCUUCAUUGUAUGUCCUUGAAAAUCAGAUUAUUUUUAACUACACAAACGAGAACACUAUGAAUACCUUGUUAAAAAGAUUAGGCGUUAUUUGGCAAGUAUUUUAUCAACAAGUCUACUAUGAUGUAAUGUCAGUUCUUCUGCCGUUAGAGGAGAGUUUUAGGACACAUCCAGACUAUUGGGGAUAUAGCACAUACUCUGAUUCUUAUGAAAUGAUAUCUGUUGACCAUAUUCUAUUGAAAUGUUUUAGAGACUGUAUUGUCUUACCAUACUAUCAAAAUUUUGGCAACAGAGAUAAUGGAGUGAGUAAAAGCUUCCAAAUAUAUAUUUACAGUGAAGAAGAAGAGAAUGGUGUCACUGACCAGGACAAAUUGAUAUUACUACAGUGCUUUGGGAUUUUAAGCACUAUACAAGGUAAUGAUGAGAGCCAAAAGAUUCUAGAAGAACUUUUGGAGGGUAUUAGAAUGAGUAUUUAG